AUGAAGCUAAGCGCCGUGGCCACUUUGUUCACCGCCCUUGCGGCGGUAACCUUUGCAAACCCGGUGACACGGUCGCACAAGCACGUCGUGCACGAGGAAAGGCACCCGUCGAGAAGAGAAUGGGUCAAGAGCCACAGAUUGCACGCAAUGGCCAGGCUGCCAGUUCGCAUUGGUCUCACCCAGUCGAAUCUUCACCGUGCAAAUGAAUUCAUGAACGAUGUAGCGCACCCGGACUCUCCCAACUACGGGAAGCACUGGACCCAUGAGGACAUCGUCAACACGUUCGCCCCGAGCCAGGAGGCCAUUGCUCUCGUCAUGGAGUGGCUAGAGAGCGAGGGCAUCAAGAGAAGCCGCAUUGGGCUCUCAAAAGGACGUAACUGGGUUCAAUUCAACGGCACUGUCGGCGAGGUCGAACGGCUCUUGAAGACCGAGUACUACGCCUACAAGCACGAGCAAGGACAUAGGCACGUUGCCUGCGAAAAGUAUCACGUUCCGGAGCACCUGGUCGAGCAUAUCGACAUGAUCACUCCGUCGGUACACUUCGACCAACGCGUCGGCCAGCAAAGGAAAAACAACAAGCACGAGCUCCAAGAACACCAAGUCCAAGAGCUGAAGAAGCGCUACAACAAGAGGCAGGUCUUUGAGGGGCUGGGCAUUCAUGGCGACGGCAAGUCUGCCGCCAUCCAGGGUUCUCCCGAUAGCAGCUUCGGGCCAAAGCAGGGCGCAUCCGUCACGAACGCCCUCAUGGAUCUCGCCCAGUGCGAUACCAUGAUAACUCCGGCCUGCUUACGCGCGCUCUACGCUACGCCUCCGGGCGACCUGAAGGCGUCCAACAAUACUCUCGGCAUCGUCGAAUACACGCCGCAGGCCUUUCUGCAGUCGGACUUGGACCUGUACUUUGACGAGUUCGAGCCCCGCCUCAAGGGCACAAGUCCUAUCGUCACCCUGAUAGGCAAUGCCGUGGUGCAGACCCAGAACCAGAGCUUCGACUUCAACGGAGAGUCUGCGCUGGACCUAGAGUUCGCCAUGGCCAUGAUCUUUCCCCAGCAGGCGACGCUCUACCAGGUCGGAGACCUGAACCAAGGUGCCAGCUUCAAUAACUUCCUCGACGCCAUUGACGGAAGCUACUGCACGUUUGAGGGAGGCGAUUCCAAGGACCCCAACAUCGACGGACAGUACGGCACACAAAUCUGCGGAUCGGCCUCGCCAACGAACGUCAUCUCCACCAGCUACGGUUUCAAUGAGGCAGAUCUCGGCCACAAGUACGUCGAGCGCCAGUGUGCCGAGUACAUGAAACUCGGGCUCCAGGGCAUUACAGUCCUGUACUCGUCUGGCGACUCAGGUGUUGCAGGCAACGGUCAGCAAUGCAUUGACAGCGUGACGGGCGCCUACAACGACGGCAAGUCCGGCAUCUUCAACCCUUCGUUCCCCGGAGGCUGCCCAUGGGUCACGUCCGUUGGCGCCACGCAGAUUCUGGAGGGUUCUACAGUUCACACUCCAGAGAGCGCGUGCGAGAAGGUCAUCUUCUCCGGCGGAGGCUUUUCCAACGUUUUCCCCCUCCCGGACUACCAGAAGAAGACGAUGGAGGACUAUUAUAGCCAGAACGCGCCGCCGUACGGCGCGGACCGAUUCAACAACUCCAGGACCGUUCGCGGCUUCCCGGAUAUCUCGGCCAAUGGCGCCAACUACGUGACGGCCGUCGACGGCAAAUUUACCUUAUCUUUUGGCACCUCUGCAUCUGCACCUGUCGCCGCCAGCAUUAUCAACCUGAUCAACGAGAAGCGCAUCGCCGCAGGCAAGCAGCCGGUCGGCUUCAUCAACCCAACGCUCUACGCGCACCCGGAGAUUCUCAACGACGUGACCAACGGCAACAACCCGGGCUGCGGCACCCAAGGGUUUUCUGCAGUAGCAGGCUGGGAUCCCGUUACGGGCUUGGGCACACCCAAUUAUCCCGAGAUGGAGAAAUUGUUCCUGAGCUUGCCUUGA